AUGAAGCUUAAUGAAAAGGAUGUUUUAGUAAGAUUUUCACCUGGUAGAGGACCAAUAGUCCUCUCUAAUUACAAUGGAAGAGUUGAGUUUUCUGUCAAUAAUUAUUCUCUGAAAGUGAAGAAUCUACAAGAGGCAGACAGUGGAGUUUAUACUGCACAAGUGACAAGGGAUAUAGAGGAACUAACUGAAUACAAUGUCACAGUUCAAGAUGCAGUGUCUCCAGUUAAACUGAAGGUGGACUCUGUGUCCAGAAGCUCAGACUCCUGUAACCUCACUGUGACCUGCAGUACACAGGACUCUCACAUCAGCAGCGCUAUUAGAUGUGACACCAAAACCUGCAGUCAGGAGGGAGGAGAGCAAUCAGAGGUCACAACAUCUGGUGCUUCUCUCCAUGUCUACCUGGUGAAUCACUCAAUCAUCUGUAACCAUAGCAACCAGGUCAGCUGGACCAAAGACAUUGAAAUGACUGAACAUUUCUGCACUCAACAUGAUGAUGCAGUGUCUCCAGUUGAACUGAAGGUGGACUCUGUGUCCAACAGCUCAGACUCCUGUAACCUCACUGUGACCUGCAGUACACAGGACUCUCACAUCAGCAGCACUUUUAGAUGUGACACCAAAACCUGCAGUCAGGAGGGAGGAGAGCAAUCAGAGGUCACAACAUCUGGUGCUUCUCUCCAUGUCUACCUGGUGGAUCACUCAAUCAUCUGUAACCAUAGCAACCAGGUCAACUGGACCAAAGACAUUGAAAUGACUGAACAUCUCUGUCCUCAACAUGCUGUUGCUGAACAACCCCACAACAACAUCAUUGCCAUUGUCAUUGUCAUGGUGAGAUCCCAGGGGGAGGAAAUGGGGCAUCAGCUCUAG